AUGAAUACCGGCGGUAAUUCUUUGCCGUCCGGACCAGACGGGUCGAAACGAAAAGUGUGCUAUUUCCACGAUCCCGAUAUCGGAAAUUACUAUUACGGAAUUGGCCACCCGAUGAGGCCAUACAGAACGGCGAUGACUUUCUCUCUCCUCAAAAAUUACAAUUUACUCCAACACAUGCAAGUAUUCAAACCCGCCCCGGCUCAAGAAACGGAUCUUCGCAGUUUCCAUGCCGAUGAUUACGUCGAUUUCUUGAAAAGAGUCACUCCUGAAAAUCAAAAGGAGCAUUUAUUGCAGCUGAAAAGGUUCAAUUUGGGAGUGUUUGAUUGCCCUGUUUUCGACGGCCUUUACUCCUACUGCCGGAGCUAUGCGGGCGGGUCGAUUUCCGGAGCAGUUCGGUUGAAUAACGGGCUUUCAGAUAUCGCAGUUAAUUGGGCGGGCGGGCUGCACCAUGCCAAGAAUUGCGGGGCUUCGGGUUUUUGCUAUGUGAACGACAUUGUGCUGGCGAUUCUUGAACUCCUCGCAAAUCAUCAGCGUGUUUUAUACGUCGACAUCGACGUUCACCACGGCGACGGUGUGGAGGAGGCAUUUUACACAACCGACAGAGUGAUGACUGUUUCAUUUCAUAAAUUCGGAAACUAUUUUCCCGGCACCGGACAUAUUCUAGAUAUUGGAUACGGGGAGGGCAAAUAUUAUUCCGUGAAUAUUCCGUUACACGAGGGAAUCGACGACGAGAGCUACCAGUUGCUGUUUAAGCCGAUAAUGAGUAAAGUAAUGGAAGUUUAUAGACCCGAAGCAGUUGUGUUGCAAUGUGGGGCCGACUCUUUAUCGGGAGACCGAUUAGGGCGCUUUAAUCUUACCGUUAAAGGCCAUGCAGAGUGUGUUAAGUAUAUGAGAUCUUUUAAUGUGCCUCUUCUUUUGCUCGGUGGCGGUGGUUACACUUUACGUAAUGUCGCUCGAUGCUGGUGCUAUGAGGUAUUCAGUAGAACCUCGUUAAAUUAAUAACCUCGCUUAAAUAAU